AUGAAUGACCCACCUAGCGCAUUCUCAGAUACUAUUAGUCCCUCAAAGCUCAAGUUUAUCAAGAAAAUCCACAGUUCGGAGAGUUCAGAAAUAUCCAUAGUAUUAUAUGAUGAAAAUGAACUAUGCUUGAAAGUGUUCCACAUGGAUGAUGACCCAGGGUACGCACACGACGGCCGGGAUCUCUGUAGAUACCGCUGCGAAUCUCACUCAUACGAACGCCUUCAGACCCACGGAGUGUGCAGUCAAGGUUGCGUGUCAAACUUCUAUGGUUUACUCGAAGAUCUUGAUCCGGAUCUCUUCGGCUCGCAUCUCGUGGAGUUCAAGGACGAUAAUACACGACCCUGCGCGAUAUUACUGGAAUACCUACCAACUACUGAGACGCUUAACAAGGAUAACAGCAGAGACGAGUUCGUGCAGAUGGGUCUUGAGGGAUUGGAGAAGAUCCAUGAAGCUGGUGUCAUACACAACGACGCGUAUCCGAAGAAUGUCUUGUGUGGGUUGACUUCGAUGUGA